CGGUGCAGAGAGGACCUGGAAGCUGGUGCGCGUAGAGUUAAAGCGUAUCUAGGGAAGUAUGUGAUAGACGUUAUAGAUUAUACCUCGCGUGCACUAUUAAAUCAAUAUAAAAUAAAAACCCUGUCGUGCGCGUGCCCGCUUCAACCAGCUCGCAUUGGCUUGCACGUGCAGAGAAUCUUUAAACCACGCCCAUCGACAGAGUGUGCUUUCACGUGAGUCGGGUGCGGGCGGGGCGCACGUGUUUGGCCACGAGUAUCACGCUCAGAAAACAAGCGACUGCACGAGCUCACAACGUGUUUAUGUGGGUGUGGGUAUUUGCGCUAUGCGUGCGCGCGUGACACGCAGUUCUUGCCGUGAAAGUGUGAGUACCUCGUGCCUCUAACGCCUUCUAAUAAAGAUGUUAAUAUGAUGACUGCACGAGGCCGAGUGUUGCAUUCACGUUGCGCUUAUAGGGUCUGUUUUUUUUUUCCUUCUAUGUAAAGCCAUGAUUUCCUUGUGUGUUUGUGGCCAAUGACCAAACGUAGAGCUACCACAGAUUAGAGUCAAAAUGAAGCUGCAGUAAUAUAUUCAUAUAUGAAGUACUGACAGCCAAUCAGCUGCUACUAUUGCGUGAAAGAGGCGUGGCACGGAACUUCUGAAUAUCCAACGAGCGCGCUCCGUGGGUAAUGAGAAGAAGAGGCUCGGUGUGGUGUUGUUUUUGACUCUAGAAAUCUGCAUUUUCGGCUUAAAAGGCUCAAAAUCAGCGAUAGUGUCGAGUCCAGCGGCUAAACGCGGUUCUUGUGUUCCUGUUUUUUCGGACGCAGCUCUCGGUAAAAAAAAAAAAAAAAGCAGCGUCGCCUCGGUGUACUCGGAGCUCGGCACGGAACAAUGCCUGGCGAAGCCGCGAUGGCAACGGAGCUCGAGCCCAGCGGUAAUACCGCUACAGCGUCACCCCAGAAGUCUUUUCCUUUUGUUUUAAAGAAAAUUAUGGACAUACCUCCUCCGAACAUCCUGGAGGAAGGAGAAGACGAAAUAGAGAAGGAGAAGUUGUGCUCAUCUGAAGAUGUGGAUGGAGGAGGGGCUGUGGCAAACAAUGCUGGUGGAGGCUCCAGAGGAGGUGGUGGUGGAAGUGGGGGCAGUGGAGGGGUAUCAGCCUCCCUGACCCCAGCCAUUUGGGAGAAGACCAUUCCGUAUGAUGGGGAGACAUUCCACUUGGAAUACAUGGACUUGGAUGAGUUCCUCCUGGAGAACGGUAUCCCUGUGACCCUGGAGGAGGAGGAGCUGCAGAAGACGCUGACAGUUGAAGACAAAGGCAAAGCCAUUCCCAAGGCUAUUGCAGGAGCUACCACCACCACUCCUACUACUACUACUGAAACAACUACUCCCGCUACUCCUGUUGCUGCAGACUCAUCAUCUCCCCCCUCUGCCUCCAUGGCUACCCCAGAUCCAGAGGAGCCUGUGACAGUCACCACGUUACAACCGGCUAAGCUAGAAGAAGAACAAGAAGAAGAAGAAGGAGAAAAAGAGGAAGAGCAAAAAGAGGAAUCUUUGCCUGAGGAGGCAACGCCAAAAGCAGAAGUAAAGAAAGCGGAACGUAACACGCCCUCCCCAAUCGACCCAGACACCAUUGAGGUGGACAUUAAUUUCCAGCCAGAUCCCACAGACCUGGUCCUGUCCAGCGUGCCCGGGGGUGAGCUGUUCAACCCACGCAAGCACAGGUUCUCCCAGGAGGAGCUGAAGCCGCAGCCGAUGAUCAAGAAGGCCAAGAAGGUUUUUGUUCCCGAUGAGCAGAAGGAUGAGAAGUACUGGUCGAGAAGAAAGAAGAACAAUCUGGCAGCGAAGCGUUCCCGCGAUGCACGCCGCCUUAAGGAGAACCAGAUCACCGUGCGUGCAUCUUUCCUGGAGCGUGAAAAUGCUGCUCUGAGGCAGCAAGUGGCUGAGAUGCGGAAAGACUGCGGUCGCUGUAAGAACGUCCUGGCUCGAUACGAAGCCAAGUACGGCCCACUGUAAAAAAUAAAUAAAUAACAGAAAAAAGGAAAAAAAGAAAACUCACAAUAAAACCCAUGACGAGACAAAAGCAGAACUCCCUUCCCCGCAAAUUUCAACACAGAUAUAAACACCUAGGGAAUCUAAAUUUGCACUGUUGUCUUUGCCGACCUCCAGUCACUGUGUUCGGCUCCAGUUUCUAACACAACGCUGGAGUUUUGGAUGCACACUGGCAGGCAGUGAGGCAUGAUGGGAGCGGUGGUCACAGGAAGGCCUGUGGAGAGCGCCUGGCUCCUACACUCGGAGAGGAAGUGGACCGUUCUGGAUUCUCCCAUGGUCAAACACACAUGGAAAAUAUGGUCGUCUCGAGAAAAGUUCAAAGAGAGUCAAGCGACAUGAAAAGAGCGGGUCGGUUAGAAAGAAUCGCACGCGUUCAAAUUCGAUACAGCAGUUUCUGUCAGAGCACAGCACACCUUAAUGGACCAAAGCACGAGUAGCGUCAGUCAGAAGUUGGGUAUUUAGAAAGGUGCACAUGUGCACUCCUCCUGUUUUCCUUGUGUUGCACUUAAUUAGGAGGCUCAGAAGAAGAAGAAUAUUUAGUGAAGUUGCGCAGUGUAGGAGAGGAACAGAUGACAAAUGAGCCGGAGUCAGGUUCAAGGUGGUACUCCCAGUCUGGAGAGGGUAAGAGGAGGGAGACCUCAGGAAAGGUGUGGUCCAGUCAGAGUUCUUCCGUCACACAAGCACGCCUCUGCACACUGUUUAAAAACAACUGUUAUGUAUAUAUAAUCAUCUCUCUGCACCAUUUUUAUAGUGUAUAAUCCAUUUUGCACUUUUUCAUUAAAAAACAGAAAAGAAAACACACACACGGUGUGUGGAGAUUAAGCUGGUAGCAGCUGUCUACCUUAUUAACGAUGAUCACAGUGGGAGCUGUUUUAAUGGUAGCAUACUAAUGAAAAUGCAAAGUAGGUCUAAAGUUUAAAGCUUCUGUGAUUUUUAACAUCUUUUUUUCUACUAAGAUCAGCUUCCAGAGACUCAAAGAUUCAGUGAAGGAGCAGAUUGUUUUAUAUAUGGGGAAAGAGUAGUAGUUUCUAUCUGUGGGUUACUGUUAAAGGCAUGCUGUGCAUUUGAUCUCCAAGGCCUUUGAUUGUAGAGGGGUAUGUUCACAUGUACAGUACUACGCACAUGUCUUGUGCCACCCUUCAUUCCCUAAAAUUUUGCUCAUAAAGUGGGAUAUAGAUGCAGGAUUUUAUUGACAUACAUGGAAAUACAGUGUCUAAGACAAACACAGAGUUUGUAUUAUUCUAACCAGCUUGAAAGUUGAUAUUUGGAAGGAUCACCUUAUUCUUCAACACAGCCUGAUCUCUCUUAGGCAGCUUUCUUCUCAUUUCUUUAAGUUGUCUUCAGGAAUAGUUCUCCAGGACAUUUUAAGCUCUUCUUUGGAUGUUUCUGCCUUUCUGUUAUGUUCUCUGUCAACAUGAUCCUACACUGCUUCAAUAAUGCUGAGGUCUGCGCUCUGGGGAGGCCAAUCCAUGACUGAUGUUUUUCUAUUCAGGUAUGCUUUCACUGCGUUGUUUGAGAUGAUUGCCAUUCUGAAAAAUAAAGCUGUUUCCAAUUACGACACUUUCCACAUAGUAUUGUAUGAUGGCUCAAAAUCUAACAGUACUUUUCUGCCUUCAUAAUUUCAUCAAUAGUAACAAGAUCUGAAAACUGUUUAAUGCCCAUCAAACUGUUACUUUUGAUCUUUUGCGUAGAUUCAACAAAAAAUUUAAACAAGUAUGUGUUUUGUGACAACUGCUAGUAACAAAAAUACAAUUUAAAAUCUUUCUUUGGAAUAGUGAAAAAGCAGCCAGUGUAAAAAACAAAAAAUAAAAUCAACUUUGAAAGAGCUUUUUAGAAAUCCUGGAGAACUAUUGCUCAAGACUACUUUAAACAAUAACAAAAUGUGGCUCCUUGAAAGCAAAAUAUAAAGAAAUGAGGGGUAGGUUUAAGGGUUUUUCACAGUGCUGUUGGGAUGUUUAUUUACUGCACACUGCAGUUAGUGUGCUAGAGUCACUGCCUGCCUAAUGGUGUCGAGAGGACUGGAUUGAUUGGUUGCUUUUUGUUUUUUUUAUCUUAAGCAGGCUCAAAGUUGGCUGUUUCUGAACCUUGUAAAUAUGUCUCCUGGUCUUUAUUUUGCUAAGACGGGGACUCUGUGUCUUUAUUAACCCUACAAUAUUCCUUAUAUUUGCCAAAUAGUUGAAUGAGUGCUGUAUUUAUUCUUGGGUAAUGAUGCAUUUGUUGAUUGUGAUGUACAAACAAUGUGUCAGAUAAUUUUAUUUCUCCUUAGGAUAAUAAUAAUAAUAAUAAUAAUAAUAAUAUCUAUAUAAUGAAACCAAUGACAAAGCAGGGAAUUCAAAGGGUAAACUGUGCUUUUGGAUGUUUGUUUUAAAAACAGGUUUAUAUAGUAAUGUGGGCUUUAUUUUUUGUGGGGUGGGGGUAUUGUGUUGUGAACACACAAAGGACAGGGUGCACUUUCCUUUACCUCGUCCAACACUUGCUACUGUGAAAGGUAAAACAUGGAGCAUGGCUACAAAGUGUUGGUUGAAGCAAAGAACACGUACAAAGCAGCUUAGUUUCAUUUGGCAAAACCUUAAAUCCGACUUUAUAAACUGAGUUCUUUCCGCCAAAGCUUCUGAGUGUGAAUCUUAAUUAGUAAAUAUGUUGCAGACUGUUAUGGGACUCUGUAUCUCAAACUUAUAAUUUUCUUUUUGAUUUUUAUCAGCCAGCUUGUGCUCAUAAUCCUGGAAAGAAAAUAAAUGUGGCAAUAAUACUCUGUUAUGUAAUGCUAGUUUGAUUUCAGUAGUGAUGUUGUAUGUAUACUUACUAUGAUGUACUAAAUAGAAAUGCCCCAAAAUCAUUCGUGCUUCCAGUUCUUAAUUCUCUGUAGUCCGGGAUCUUAAUGCAUGAAACCCAGUGAACCUGUCUGUCUCUCUCUCUCUGUUCCUUGUUUGUUUUUUUGUUUUUUAAAGAACAAGUUUUAUACCAAGUGUACUUAUGUCUGUGAACCAUUACCGAAAACUAGAGCUCUUUGGUUUUUGGGGGGAUGACGUGGGCUGAUGGUGUAUUGUGCAGAACAGUGGAAAAAAAACAAAAAAGCAGAGCAUCUUUGCUGCGAUGUCCUUUUGUUUAUGACAGCACCGCCUUUCCUUGUGCAGCCAGCGCUUGACCUUGUGGUGAAAACAGCUGAAAGCAGCAUCUUUUAAUCACUGUGGAUUAUUAUCUUUUUUUUUUCUUUUUUUUUUUAAAUUUGCUAUAGAUUGAUCUGUAUCUGGAUACACAGGAAUCAGCUGGUGCUUUUUUGUGUUUUUUUUUUUUUUUCUUGUCUUCUUGAUUGCUAAUAUGAUCAUUUGAGUUUCCUGAUAGUUUAUUGUAACAGCUGGUUCUUGGGGUUUUUUUUCUGUCACAUCGACUGCACUGAGCUUUAGACAUCAGUCUAGCUGAUGAAUGCAAACUUGGACAUUUAAAAAGAAAAAACUGGUACUGGCCACCAGAGGUUUUUAGAAGCCAAUAAAAUAAAGAUCAUAUUUUGUAUAGUGAUGCAUAAAGUAUGUAGCAGUUUCUGUUUGAUGUGAAGCUCCUUAUGAAAUCAUUUUUCCUUUUAAAGAGGUUGGAGUUUUUCCGCAAUUCUCUGCAUGCAGACCUGCAGUUAUGACUUUUGGAUGUAGGUGCGUCUUCUGCCACCUACUGACAAAAGAUGGCUCCUGCACUUGUGAAACCCUUUGUGCUACUUUUGGGUAACAUUUAAGGAAAACUAGAAUCCUGGAAAUGCACAAAUAAUUGACAGAGAACAUCUGGCACAAGUGUGUGUGCGCACAGGUGUUUGUAGGUGUGCUCAGAGCAGCACGACUAGAUCUCCAAUCUAAACCUCAGUUUUAAGGUUAUUGCUUGAAACUCUUGUCACUGGUUUGAGAUGCUUCGCAUUGACAACACAGUGUCCUUGUUUACUUAUUUGAAGUAGCUCCCGGAAAACCAUUUUAAAUCUCUUUCUGGAAACAUUUUUAAAGACUUGUGGUGUUUUUGGCUUUCUGUUCUGAUUUUUAUAUAAAUGUGGUUUUUUUCUCGUUUUUGUAUUGUCCCUAUCAUGUAUUGGAUACAUGCAACUGCAGUAUCGUGUCCUAAUUGUAUCUUGUAUUAUGCAUAUGAAAUAAA